AUGAAGUCCCCCCAGACAGUGCUUCUGGCGGCUCCUCUGCUCCUUCUCCUGCCCUUUCUCACCUCGGCCCCUGCGGCCCAUGAUGAUGGGCCCGGCGCCAGGCCCUCCGGCGGGCACAGCUGUGUGGGCUGUGUGCUGGUGGUGUCUGUGAUCGAACAGCUGGCUCAGGUCCACAACUCCACAGUCCAGGCCUCCAUGGAGAGGCUGUGCAGCUACCUGCCAGAAAAGCUGUUCUUAAAAGCCACCUGCUACCUAGUGGUUCGCACAUUUGGGCCAGAUAUCAUCAAACUGCUCAGCGCUGAUAUGAAUGCUGACGUGGUGUGUCACACACUGAAGUUCUGUCUCCAGGGCCCCGGCCAGCCACUGUGUCACCUCUACCCACUCCCAAAGGACGCCUGGAAAUCCACCCUGGAGAAGGCAAGGCAGAUCGUCAAGAAACCUCCACCUCUGAAAUAUUCCAGAGGUGGUUCUGAUAUUUGUUCCCUCCCAUUUCUGGCUAAGGUCUGUCAGGAAAUUAAGCGAGCUAUAAAGAACGCGGUGCCAUUCAGAGAUGGCGAUUCGGACAAUUACAGUAUUUCCCCGACCCUGCGUGGCUACCACUGGCGAGGGAGAGACUGCAAUGACAGCGACGAGAUGGCCUACCCCGGCAGAAGGCCGGACCGCUGGGAUGUGCAUCGGGAUUCCAACUGCAACGGCAUCUGGGGUGUUGAUCCAAAAGACGGAAUCCCCUAUGAGAAGAAGUUCUGUGAAGGGUCAGAGCCCAGGGGAAUCGUGCUGCUGGGAGACUCCGCUGGGGCUCAUUUCCACAUCCCUUCGGAGUGGCUCACGGCUUCGCAGAUGUCCUUGAAAUCCUUCUUCAAUUUACCAACAGCACUUACCGAUGAGCUUGACUGGCCCCAACUUUCUGGUGCUACUGGAUUUCUGAACGUCCCUAGUGGAAUUAAAGAAAACUCUAUCUACCUUCAUAUACGGAAAAGAAACCACUGCAAUCACCGGGACUACCAGAAUAUUUCAAAAAACGGCGCAUCUUCCCAAAACCUGGAGACAUUCCUAGAAAGUUUGUCUAGAAACCCACUGUUGGACCACCCGGCCAUCGUCAUAUACGCCAUGAUUGGAAACGACGUCUGCAAUGGGAAGAGUGACCCGGUCCCAGAAAUGACCACUCCUGAGCAAUUCUAUUCCAAGGUCAUGGAAACGCUGAAGUACCUGAACGCCCGCCUGCCAAAUGGCAGCCACGUGAUCUUGUACGGCUUACCAGACGGGACCUUUCUCUGGGAUAAUCUGCACAACAGAUACCAUCCUCUCGGCCAGCUGAACAGGGACGUGACCUACGGGCAGUUGUACGCCUUCCUGAGCUGCCUUCAGGUCAGCCCCUGCCACGGCUGGAUGACAGCCAACGAGACCCUCCGGACACUCACCUCACAGAGAGCAGCACAACUCUCCAGGACACUGAAGAAGAUUGCCACCAGCCAGAAAUUCACCAGCUUCCAUCUGUACUACGUGGAUUUUGACUUCCAAGAAAUCGUGAAGAAGUGGCAGAAGAGAGGCGGGCAGCCCUGGCAGCUCCUUGAACCUGUGGAUGGAUUCCACCCCAAUGAGGUAGCGUCACUGCUGCUGGCAGAUGGCUUGUGGGACAAGUUGCGGCUGCAAUGGCCCCAGGUCCUGGGGAAGGAGAAUCCCUUCAACACCCAGAUUGAACAGGUGUUUGGAGACCAAGGGGGACACUGA